AUGACACAGGGCCUCGCAAGAAAACUCUCAAGAGAUAAGCCACAUAGAGAUGCUUUAUUGAAAAAUUUGGUCUCAGAAUUAUUCUCACAUGGUUCAAUUAUAUCAACUCAUGAAAAAUGUAAAGAAGCUUCAAGAUUAGCUGAAAGAAUCAUUACCUGGUCAAAAAUAGAUAUCGCUGAAAAUAAAAAUCGUAGAGGUAUCAAGAAUUCACACGAGAAACAAAAUAUCCAAUCAAAACUGUUCUUAUCUGGUGAUAACUCAAAAUUGCUGAAAAAACUCUAUACAUAUUUAGCACCAAUUUAUUCAAAGAGAACUUCUGGUUUUACGAGAGUAUUGCAUUUACCACCAAGAGAAAACGAUUCUGCAAGACAAUCUGUAUUGGAAUUGGUAGACUACCCAACUUCAACUACCGAUGGUCAACUACAAAGAGGUAAUUUGAAAUUAUGGUUAUUAUGUAAAACAACUUUAUUAGAUGAAAGUUUAGGGAACGAUUAUGCCCAAUUGACUUUGAAAAACUUACAUAAACAAACACUAUUCAAAAGUAAAGAUGAAUUCAUAAACGAAAUAAAAUCAAUUAGAAGUUAUCUAUCACCAAAUCAAGAAUCCAAAGAUGAUGACGCUCUGAAUAACUUAAUUGAUAAAAUUUACAGCUUUAAACAAACUAGCCCUGAACUUAAUGAACAACUGCUAGGUUACAAAAUCCUAGACAAAAGACCAGAAAGAUCAUAA